CACAUUAAUUAAUUAACAAUGGAAACAAAAACAUGGAUUUUAAUAUUGAGAUGGGUCAAUAUUGUAGCUGCGUAUCUAAUUGUAUUACUAAAUUAGAGUAGUAAUCGGAGCCAUGGGAAUCUAUCAAUUAGUUACAUUUUAGAUGUUUUCCAAUUUUCAUUUCUAUGAAAUCUGGAGUAUAUUCACACCAAUCUAUUCAUUGUAAAUUAUUUCACCAAUAAUCUAGGAUUUUCUGCGGUCUCUUAUUGGCAAUCGAAUUUAAGAAGGAUUUCAUAGCUGAGUAAUUUCAAUUCAUGAUGACUUGCUUUGGAAGAGGAAUAUUUUACAUAUUGUAUAUUUUACAAUAUUAUACAAAAUAGUUUGGGAUCAGUAGUAUCUUAUUCACCAACAGGAGGAUCAUCAUAAUAAGUGUAAAUUAUCACAUAGAAUAUAGAGCUGGAUGGAUUUGGGGGUUGACUUUGUGGUUAGUGGGAAUAUUUUAUGUGGUCAUUCAUUUUGUUGGACCAAAGAGUGCGACUGCAGGAUUGAAAGAUGUAUUAGUGAUCCUUUGAUUUUAGGCUGUAAGUGCAGAAUAUGGAACUGCUUGAACAAUAUUAAAAAU